AUGGCAGAGCGGAUUCCUCUCCUGAGAAAACAGACCGAAGAAGUGUGGGUGACUAGACUCGAAAUUCUAGUAUAUGCAGGACUGACGCUCGACGACGCAUACAAGGCGAUACAGUGGUACGCAGCUCAGUGUGUUCCCGAGAUGGCAGAGUAUGAGUUCCCAGAGGGUGGACAUUACGCUGACCCUGGCCUAUUUUGGGAUAAUAUUGACAAUGAGGUCUUUGGAAAAGCUACCGACUCUUGUUUUUGGGACCUGUCUUACGACCGAGAAGACAUGCUUGGUCUCCCUAGCACUGUUGACCUCGAGGCAGACCUACGGUAUCUGGUCACCAAGGAAUGUGACCUGGGGUGGGAUUACCUGUGA